UUUGUUCGACUUGCUCUGAUUGCUGGAACAUUUGUUUUCCUGUUCCUCAGGCAGGGUGCUUCUGUUUUUAUGUUGAAUGAUGUCCAAGAGAUUGAUGCUCUCAUAUCAAGCUUUGAUAUCUUUGAAAUGAGAGAAGCUGGUCCAUUAGUUCUUGCAUGGGCAGUAUUUCUUUGUCUGAUUUCAUCACUUCCUCAAAAGGAGGAAACUAAUGUACUGACGGAGAUUGAUCAUGUUGGGUAUGUUCGUCAAGCUUUUGAAGCUUCAUCUUUGAGUUAUUUCCUUGAAAUUCUUCAAAGUGACAUAUUGAAGGAAUCAGAUGGACCUGUUGCUGGUUAUCGAAGUGUCUUGAGAACUUUUAUUUCUGCAUUCAUUGCGUCUUAUGAAAUUAAUCUUCAGUUGGAGGAUGGUACCCUUAAUUUGAUAUUGGAUAUUCUUUGCUAUGUUUAUCGAGGAGAGGAGUCACUUUGUAUUCAAUUUUGGGAUAGAGCAAGUUUUAUAGAUGGUCCUAUUCGGUGCCUUCUUUGUAACUUGGAGGGCGAAUUCCCCUUUAGGACUGUGGAACUUCUACGCCUUUUAUCAUCUCUAUGUGAAGGAAGCUGGCCUGCAGAAUGUGUGUAUAACUUUUUAGAUAAAUCCACUGGCAUAUCAUCCUUGUUUGACAUUACUAGUGAAUCCUUGUUGGAUUGUACAUGUCAAAUUGUUGAAACUCAGCAUCCAGUGUGUAUUCCUGGGGUUGAUGGUCUGCACAUUCCUAGUAGAACUCGUGGGCACAUUCUGAAAGUUGUUGGUGGGAACACUGCUCUUGUGCGCUGGGAGCAUACAAAAUCAGCUGUGUUUGUGCUGCUCCUUCGUUUGGCCCAGACACAACAGUUAGAAAACAAUGAAGAAGCAUUUCUUACCCUUGACCUACUUGGCCGAAUGGUGUCCUUCAACAUGGCUGUAUGUUUUUCUAUGAUGGAUAGUUGCAACUUCUUGCAUGUCCAAGCAACUGGCAUGAAUGAGCAGAUAGAAAAUAAUCUGUGGGUUGUUGAGAUCAUUAGCAUUAUAGUCAGAAAUUUGCCUCCUAGUCCCAGUGGUGCUACACUGAUGUCCAUGGCUUUGGUAAUCUUGGCAAAGAUGCUGAAAUGUUCCCCUUCUGAAGUUGCUGCAAUAGCCUUGAAAUCAAACAUAUUUGAUGUGGCUUCAAAUUCAAGUGUCUUCAACAUAGGUUGGAAUGGUCUAUCAAGUGGGUCGUGGUUGCUAUCUGGAAAGUUGGCAAAGAUGCUUUUAAUUGAUAGUGAGCAGAGUGAUUAUGACUGCCUAUUAACAAUAUCAGUGCUGGAUUUCACCAUGCAGCUUGUAAGGACUGGAGUCGAGGAUGAUAUUGUUGUGUCAUUAGUUGUUUUCUCCCUCCAGUAUAUUCUAGUCAAUCAUGAAUACUGGAAAUACAAGGUGAAGAAUACUCGUUGGAAAGUAACACUGAAGGUGCUUGAAGUGAUGAAAACAUGCAUUUUAGCAACAUCUUCCUCUGAAAAUUUGGGUGGUGUCAUCCGGGAUUUGCUGCUUUAUGAUUCUUCGAUCCACAACACUCUCUUUCGUAUAAUGUGUACAACUUCUGAAGCCUUGGAGAGGCUUUAUCUCAACCGCCUUGUCGAACUGGUGGAGAUUGAGGGAUUACAACUUGCUAUAAGUUCUGCUUUGGAUAUUUCAUAUAUCAUGCUUACCAAAUUUUCAAAGGACACGUCAUCAAGCAUUCCAGCUUUUCACCAAGCUAUGCUCUCGCCAAUGACCAAGCCAAUUCCUGUUGUUGCUGCUGUUAUAUCAUUGAUAUCUUUUUUUAAUGAUCCGGUAGAUACUCUUUCUGUGACUUUAAAAUUCAAAAUUCAUCAUUUUCUUUUAUCUAGUGUUGUAGAUGCCCUUCUUCAAUAUGUUGUAAGAUCUGACGAUGCUGUCAAUAGCAAUCCCUGCAUACUGCUGAACAUACUUAACUUGCUGAAGUCAUUGUGGCAUGGGGCUGGUCAGUACAAAACGAUUUUGGAGAGGCUGAAAAGCUCUGACAAGUUCUGGAAACAAUUGUCAAACUCUCUCUCUCAAACUGCUGGCUCCGAAGUUCCUUUAAGUAUGAAAGAAUCGGAGGCUUUACACCUGGGAUACAGAUAUCAGUGUCAAUCAGCUAUAUUGGAAACAAUGGCAUAUGAUAUGUUUUUGAUGAAAAAGUUGUUAUAUGCUGAAUCACUCAUUAAAGAACCGCCUGAAUCAAAUAAGAAAAUAGAAGCUGAUAAUUAUGCUCUGAAGGAUAUAAUUUCAAAUUGGUGGAAGAGCUCUGUUCUUGGAAGCAUGAUCAAAUCAUAUACUUCUUGUAAAUAUGACAAUGAUACGUAUUUUCGUGCAAAGGUCGCAUUAAGUUUACUCACUGUGCACAUAAUGGGGAAAUUAGCAGCUGGUGAUGCUGGAAGUUUGUCUGUAUCUUUAGUCGAGAAGAUUCGGCUUCUGUUUAAGAAGUUGACCAUUCAGCCUGCUUUUUCUGAAUUGCUGGUGCAAUACUCACAGCGUGGUUACAGUGAAGGGAAGGAAUUGAAAGCUUUAAUAAUCAGCGAUCUUUAUUAUCAUCUGCAUGGAGAGCUGGAAGGUCGUAAAAUGAGUCCUGGACCCUUUAAAGAACUCUUCCAGUUUCUGAUUGAAUCAAAGGUGGUGAAGAUUUAUGAGAAUAAGUGCAGUGUUGACCCUUUUUCUACUGCUGAUGAUGUCUAUGUGUUUGAUCUUCGACGCAUAGAAGCAGAUUUGGGGUUAGAUAUGUGGGAUUAUUCUGGAUGGAAAACAUCUAAAACAAUUGCAGACACAAUGCUGUGCUACAUGCAGGGAGCAAACUCAAUGGUGUUAAUUGGAAAUUCCAAGCUUUCUUCACUGAAAGCAUUGAUUACUGUCUUAACUGUGUACGAUGAUAGUUCGCUGGAAAAAAUGACUGGGGUUGGAGGGAAGAUUCCUGAUCAACUAAUUUUGCCAUGCAUUGAUCACAUAUGCCAAAGUUUCCUUGACACUAUAGAAUUUUUAUCUCCAGUUCCUGAUGUCUCUCAAGGUGUCUUUGAUUUCCUCACUGCACAAGCAGACUUACUUCUUCAUCUCAUGAGAUCUGUGCAGAAUAGCCUGUCAUCAUCUGCUUGUGUUCUUGUCUUAAAAACUUCUGGAACUGGUCUUAAAGUGCUAAUUGACCUCAGAACAAUGGUUAGUGGGGUGAAUAAAACAAUGAAGCUUUUGCUAAUGUUGAUUCUGUCAGCAGUGGAGUUUUACCAGCUUGAUUCUAACAGAACUGGUGUGAAAGAUAAAGAGUCUGUUGAAGGGUUUGCUGAGAUUUCUAACGUCAGCCUUGGACUGUUACCCAUCUUGUGCAACUGUACUACUAUUUCUGAGUGUUUUCCCCUCUCCCUGACUGCUUUGGACUUGGCACUAAAAUGUUUUUUGACGCCUGAUACGUGGUUUCCCAUCAUACAUAAACAUCUCCAAUUGCAACAUGUUGUUCUGAAACUUCAAGAUAAGAAUUCUUUUGGAUCUAUUCCUAUUUUAUUGAAGUUCUUCUUGGCCAUUGCACGUGUGAGAGGAGGUGCUGAAAUGCUUCUUAAUGCUGGGUUUUUCUCAUCUCUUAAAGUUUUAUAUGCUGACAUGUCAGAUGGUCGGGUUUCUUCAGUUAUUAAUUCUGGCAAAAGCCUCUCCAUCUUAUCGGACAAGACUGAGAAGCCUCAACCCAUCUGGGGACUUGGCUUAGCUGUGGUCACAGCUAUAGUUCACUCUUUAGGAGCCAGUUCUUCGUGUAUUGAUAUUGUGGAAAAUGUGAUACCAUACUUCUUUUCAGAGAAAGCCCAUCUAAUUUCUUAUUUUCUCAGUGCACCAGAAUUUCCAUCUGAUGAUCAUGACAAGAAAAGACCACGUGCACAAAGGACUUGGACUUCUCUUUCUUCUUUGAAGGAGACUGAGCAAACUCUCAUCCUAAUGUGUGUCCUGGCAAGACAUUGGAAAUCAUGGGUUAAGGCUAUGAAAAAUACGGAUUCACAAUUAAGGGAGAUGAGUAUUCAUUUGUUGGCCUUCAUUAGCCGUGGAAAUCAACGCCUUGGAGAGGCUUCAAGCCGGACCGCUCCUCUGUUAUGCCGUCCUAUCCUCAAGGAUGAGUUUGAUUGCUGCAAAAAACCUUCAUUUGUCAACAGCAGAAAUGGAUGGUUUGCUCUUUCACCCCUUGGCUGUGUCUCAAAGCCGAAGUUCUCUGGCAUAUUAACUACAACUGCUCUUGUGAUCAAAGAUCAAGGAACUGAAAGCAACAACCAUGUUUCACAAACAUACUUCUCAGACUUAGUUGCCAUUGAGAUGUACAGAAUUACAUUUCUUUUAUUGAAAUUUCUCUGUUUACAAGCUGAGGGUGCUGCUAAAAGGGCAGAGGAGUUGGGAUAUGUUGACCUCGCUCAUUUUCCUGAACUUCCAAUGCCUGAGAUUUUACAUGGGAUACAGGUAUGAUGAUGAUAUUUUGGU